AUGUCAAACUCAAAUUUUCUUCUUGAUCCUUUUCUUUUGCAAGAAGACGAGCGAAACAAGAAUAUUAGCAACUUCCCACAAACUGCCUCUUCAAUCAUGCCAGAAACUCCUUUUAUCGAGCAGAAAGUUCCCUUUAUUAAGCAAGAGCAAGAAGAAGAACGUGUUUACCACCCGGUUUCAACACAACUUGGUAACACGCCAGGAUUAAAAUAUGAAGACGAUGAUAAGUCUGGUUCUUACUCAUCUCUUUCUGCCGAGGAAUAUGAUAUCAGAAAUGACAAUUCAGACCAUCUUUCAUCUUCCUGGCCCUCAGAUCAUCCUCGGCCCUCAUCUCCAAAGGCAGGUUUACAAACUGGAGAGUCCGAGUCCCUUGGAAUUUGCCCACCAUCAACAGGCUUACAACCUGCAAGCUCUGAUUCUAAUCGACCUUCUGAUGAUUUUCAUUACGAUACUGGAGAUAUAUCCCAAGUACAACCCUGCCAAUAUCGCUUGACUCACGACCAAUCUCCUGGCGGUCAAAGUCUUCCUACUCAGCACUACAGCAGCCAGGCCUUCAAUAGUCCGCCAAUUUCUCAAGCUCCCGAGCCUGGUCCUGAUCUUGACGAAUACCCAGAUUUACAACCAGGAGUUAUCAUCAUGAAUCUCCCCACACCAGCUACAACUCAAGAAGUCUCUUACUUGGAUUCGUGGAUUCCGAGAAACAAAACAGACAUCGAAAAUUUCUAUGCUGCUAGGCCUGGACUGAAUCGAUCUAUUCUUGAAAACUCUUCAAAGCAGGAUCAAGUAGAUACUGUCAUGAGACACAUGUUAGCUGAGCAUGGGGCUAUCAUUGAUGAGAGACAAAGUAUUUAUGGCCGAUAUGAUCAACUUGGCGCAGUACUGAUCGGUCAAUUCCGAUUACAGAACCCGGAGCAUGCCUGCGAGCUCCAGUGCCAAGGAUAUCUUGCCUUCCCAUCAUCUGCUAUCACUCAAGCUCUUUCAUACCCUUCCAGGGCCCCUAAUUCAGGUAUUCGCAACUAUGAUAAUCAACCUACCCACAACAAUUACGAAGAGAUUGGUAGUCCAGACAUAGAGGCAGUAAAGAAAUGGGGCGGGAUCAGAAAGCAAACCAAUAACAAAGGUGUCUACCACGAAGUCUUGCAUCGCAGACGUACAACUAUCGGUGCCAAAUGCCACCCUGAAGCUAAACGAAUGAUGGCUUUACCCUAUUCGACAGGGGAAAAUCUGACCGAUCGAGAUAUCCUUCAAUUAGCAAGAUUGAGUCCACUCGACAGGCAUUUACGUGCUUCAAAAUUCUUCAACGAGCGAGGAGAGUUCUACACUCGUCAUAUACGCUUCACGGAGAUGUCGGAUGCGCGUCUUAGACGCGAGGGCUUGUUGCGUUCGUGGAUUCCGAGAAAGGCAGGGGAUCGUCCCCAUAAUAGCAUAGAGCGUGCUGAGCGGGCAAUGCAGUUGGGGUUGACGGGUGAUGAUAAGUUGUUUGCUGAUGCAGCUGCUGAGAGACUUCGUCGAGCCAAGCCAGAGCAAAAGAUGAUAAAACCAAAGCCAGUAUAA